AGUUAUAAAUAAUAAAACAGAAAUAUGCCACGCUAUCGUGAAUGGGAUUUGGCAUGCAAAGUCUAUGUGGGCAAUUUGGGCUCAUCAGCAUCGAAAUAUGAAAUCGAAAACGCAUUUAGCAAAUACGGCCCACUGCGUAAUGUUUGGGUGGCACGUAACCCACCAGGUUUUGCCUUCGUUGAAUUUGAAGACAGACGAGAUGCUGAAGAUGCAACCCGUGCUUUAGAUGGAACUCGCUGCUGUGGUACCCGCAUUCGUGUUGAAAUGUCCUCUGGUCGUUCACGACGUGACAGUAGACGUCGUGGUGGAAACAGCGGCGGAGGUGGAGGCCGGGGCGGUGCUAGCGAAUCAGUCAGUGGCCGUAGUGCAGGUGGCGGCAGUGCUCGUUACAGGAAUAUAAAGUCGACUUCUGCUUCAGCUACUACUACUACCUCCACUAUUUGUUGUACCUCAAGUACAUCUAUUACUACUACUACCACCAACUACUCCUCUUCCAAUUUCUACUACAAAAUAUCAACCAACAACAACUUCAACAACAACAACGACUACAGCGACUUCAGCAACAACGAAAACAACAACACC